AUGAAUGGCACCUGUACACAUCUCCUGAAUUUUUCUGUGCAGGCGAUUGUGGCUGCGGGAACGAGUGUGGUCCCGCAACGAGGAGAACAUUUUCACAUUGAUACAUUCUAUACCGGUGGCGGACUGACAACUCAUGAGGCCCCCCGGGCAAUAGGGGAUCAUGGGGCCCCUGUGUCCUUGCCCAAACUCAAAAAAGCCUAUGAAAAAGGUACCAGGGGCAUCUCAUGGGGCCCCCUACUGACCCCGGGCCCUCGGGCAGUGCCCGAGUUUCCAAAUGGUCAGUCCGCCCCUGUAUACUUUUCACUG